ACACUUGUGCGCCUUCCACUGACACCUCAGGCUGGGGCUCUACGUUCCGCUGGAGCGGGAAACCUACACGCCUGCGUGUUUCUUCACCAACGGAGGGGAGGGGGCGAUGUGUGUUAUGUGGGGGAAGUUGCGCGGUGACGUCAUGACGCGGAGCGUGGGACGUAACCGCGGUGUGACGCACACCCUGGCGAGCCCGUUUGUUUUAAAUCAGACCUCGCAGCUUGAUACAAAUAAAACAGAUAAAGUAUAAAUGUGCUUAGUAGACAGCCCAGCAACAUGGAUGAUUCAAAGAUAAAUACUGAGAUUACUGGUGCUAAAGAAGGACUCCUAGAUGACAGCAAUUUCAUCUCCGAGGGAGAAAGUGGCAUUCCUAAACCACAAGAGAGUGAAACAUCAUUUCAGAAAAACAAUAUAUUGACUCUGCCGGAAGAGCUGUCAAGGGACAGAUCUGAAAAAGCCUUAAGUGGAGGCCAGAAGUCUCUAUUUAUUCAUACUGGUGCUCCUACUGUUUCUACCGAAAACUUUAUCUUGCCUAAAGGAACUGCUGUUAAUGGACCAGUUUCACACUCCACCUUAACUAAAACUUCCAUUAUGAAUAAAGGCAGUGUUUCAUUAACCACUGGACAACCUGGGGGUCAUACAGAUUCCUGCUCAACUUUGCCAGUGGUACAUGAUCUCCAGUUGCCUGCAAAGAGUACAACACAGAAAUCAAGUCAACACCAAGUGUUAUUUUUGUUACCUGAUGUAGCACAGGCUAAGAACCUGACUCAUUCCAUUAAAAAUCUACCUACCUCUGCUUCAGUUGGUUGUGAUACACAGAAAUCUAUAGGAAAUAGUGUGAAAUCAGAUAGCACUUUAAUAAGCCAAGUAGAAGUGUGUGAGGAUAGCAAAAGUUUACUAGUAGACGAUGAUUGUAUCAAUACAUUAACAGGAAUUUCCUCAGGUACAGGUGGUUUCAGAUCAGGAAAUGAUACAAACUGGGAUCCACAAAAAGAGUUUAUACAGUUUCUUAUGACAAAUGAAGAAACAAUAGAGAAGUCUCCAGUUCACUGUAAAGUAAGUCUAGAGAAAAAGAGAAAAAGAAAAAUGGAUGUUAGCAAGAUAACACGUUAUACAGAGGACUGUUUUGAUGAUACACAUUAUAUUCCCAGUAAAUCAAAAUUACUAAAUGUUGACUAUUUAGAGCAGAGUGAGGAUCUAGAAGUAGUAGAACCACAGAAAUAUGCAUUAACAAAAGUGAAGCCUGAAUCAACAGAUGAGGAGUUAGAAGCUGUUGAUGCUAUCCAACACUUGAUUUAUAGUCCUACUAACAAAUGUGCAGAAGAUACUUCUCCAGUUCACACUAGCACUUUUCUUUCUAGUACUUUAAAAAACAAAUGUGAACAGAAUGAUUCAGAAUCACCAUCUACUUUUAGUACUGAUGAGCCAUCAUUUUAUCCUUGUACAAAGUGCAAUGUGAAUUUUAGGGAGAAGAAACAUCUGCAUAGGCAUAUGAUGUAUCAUUUGGAUGGGAACAGUCACUUCCGUCAUCUCAAUGUUCCAAGACCCUAUGCAUGUAGGGAAUGUGGACGGACAUUUCGAGAUCGUAAUUCACUUCUUAAGCACAUGAUAAUUCACCAGGAAAGAAGGCAGAAACUGAUGGAAGAAAUCCGGGAGUUGAAAGAACUCCAGGAUGAAGGUAGAAGUGCACGAUUACAGUGUCCACAAUGUGUAUUUGGUACCAAUUGUCCCAAAACAUUUGUGCAACAUGCUAAAACCCAUGAAAAGGAUAAAAGAUAUUACUGUUGUGAGGAAUGCAAUUUCAUGGCUGUGACAGAAAAUGAACUGGAGUGCCAUAGAGGGAUUGCUCAUGGAGCAGUAGUGAAGUGUUCAAUUAUCAGUAGUGAUAUGUCCCAGAGAAAAACACAGAAAAAGACUUCAGUGAAAGAUCCAUAUGUAGGCUCAUCAAAAAAGUCAACCACAUAUAUGUGUAAAAUGUGUCCAUUUACUACAUCAGCCAGAAGCAUUUUAAAAAAACACAUGGAAUACUUGCAUCCGACAUCGUGCAUUGAUCCAUUUGGUAGCCAUCUUAGAUUAGAAAAAAGGAAAAGCAGCAUAAUUGAAGAACCUUUAGAUUUUGGUAGCAGAACUAAACAUUUGAUCAAACAAUCAUCUACAUUUCCAAAGAAUUCUGUUCUAAAGCAAGAUGUAAAAAGAUCGUUUGGCUCAGCUUCACAAUCGAGUAACUUUGCGAAACUUCACAAGAGACCCCACAGGAUACAGAAGGCUCGGAAAAGCGUUUCACAGUCAGCUGUAAGUGUGUGCAAUCAAAACUCUACAAACAAGACUAUUUUGAUUAAAAAUAGCAUUGACCAAAAACCUAAAUAUUUCCAUCAAGCAGCAAAACAAAAAGCUAGUGUCAAAACAAGCAGUAAUUAUUUAUAUAGGCACAAAUAUGAAAACUACAGGAUGAUUAAAAAAUCUAGUGAUCCUUAUCCUUUACAUUUUAAAAAGGAAGAGUCCAGCUCUGUUAGUUCUUUACAUUUAUUUUCAUCAUCAAAUAGUCCCCAUAAUAAUUGUUUUAUGAUGGAUUCUCAUAAUCUUGAUUCCAAAAGCCCAGAAGGCUAUAAAGAUCGUAGGCGUGUAGCUGUAAAAAGAGUGGUUAAAGAGUCUAAGAGGGAAGGCUCUGUUACAGGAGAUGAUUUGGAUUGCUAUCCAGAUUUUCUACAUAAAAUGACUGUUGUUGUUUUACAGAAACUUAACUCUGCUGAAAAAAAAGACAGCUAUGAAACGGAGGAUGAAAGUUCAUGGGAUAAUGUUGAACUAUGUGAUUACACUGCACAGUCUGUGGAGGAUGAAUCUUACAGUGAUAUUAAUCAGGAUCAUGUAAACCUAUUCCCUUUAUUCAAAGGUAAAAUGGAGGAUCAAGAAGCUGGUGAUAAAUCCUCUCUUCAUUAUGAGCAGAAUGAUGGUUUUUAUUUUGAGUAUUAUGAAGAUGCAGAGAGUAGUAACUUUCUGCAUGAAUUACAUGAUCCUCAAAAUUUAGAAAAUGUAGGAACAGCGUUGCCAAAGCAUAACUCAGUUUUCCAUUGGACUGAUUUAUCACUUGAGAAGAAGUCCUGUCCAUACUGUCCAGCAACAUUUGAAACAGGAGUUGGAUUGUCUAAUCAUGUCCGUGGGCAUCUUCACAGAGCUGGAUUAAGCUAUGAAGCCCGCCAUGUUGUUUCACCGGAGCAGAUAGCGACAAGUGACAAAAUGCAGCAUUUCAAAAGAACUGGAACAGGAACCCCUGUUAAACGAGUUAGAAAAGCUAUUGAGAAAUCUGAAACUUCUUCUGAACACACAUGCCAACUCUGUGGAGGUUGGUUUGAUACAAAAAUUGGAUUGUCUAAUCAUGUGCGAGGACACCUGAAAAGGCUUGGCAAAACCAAGUGGGAUGCACACAAGUCUCCAAUCUGUGUUCUGAAUGAGAUGAUGCAAAAUGAAGAAAAAUAUGAAAAAAUCCUAAAGGCAUUGAACAGUCGCCGUAUUAUUCCCAGACCAUUUGUCGCUCAGAAACUUGCUUCAAAUGAUGACUUUUUAUCUCAAAAUGUUAUACCUCUUGAAGCAUACCGUAAUGGCCUAAAGACUGAAGAUAUUUCAGUGUCUGCAUCGGAGGAAGAAGGUCUGAGUUUCCUAAAUGAAUGUGAUGAAACAAAAACAGUACUACAUGAUGAAAAAAAAAAUCAGUCACUUACACUGAUAGAACUUCUGAAAAAUAAAAGGUUAGGAGAAGAAAGGAAUCCUGAUAUCUCUUCUCAAAAGAUCCAUAAUCAAACUGCAAGGAAGAGGUUUGUUCAGAAAUGUGUUCUUCCAUUAAAUGAAGAUAGUCCAUUGAUGUAUCAGCCGCAACGAAUGGACUUGACUAUGCAGUCAGGUAUGCCUGUGAAGCUUAGAACGUGUGUGCAUUGCAAUACGACGUUUACAAGUGCUGUUAGUCUGUCCAACCACUUACGCGCUUAUGCACGAAAGAAGAGUGCUGGACUUUUGACUGGGACAGUGUGUUCUCAACAGAACUGGAGCUCCUCCAAGUGAUCUUUCCAAAGAUUUUCAAUUAUCUUCUAUUUUAAAUUGGUUGUUCCUCUGCUCUGCCAUGCUGAAUCAAAGCUUUUGAUGAGCAGUGAAUCCAGUCAGUCACACACAGCUUUCAGAAGCAGCAACUAAGCAGACAGCGGGUAGUCAAGGUUGAAGGGAAAAGCCUUCUUUCAGAGAGACUGUUGUACUGAAUAUAGUGUUCAUGAAAGAUGAUAGUUGACAGCUGUGGAGACUGAUACCCUCUAUCCACAACAUGGGCAUAGGUAGUGGCAGUCAGAGCUUCCAUACACUUUGACAAUGUGCCUCACCCUAAUCUUAAGGAAUUUCCAUGAGGCUGGUUGGGGUUCAGAUUUCUUGAUCUCUUUGCUGAGUGUUAGUGAGCCUGCUGGUUGUGGGAGUUUUACUUUGUCAUGUGGAAACUGUCCACUAGGAACUGGAUUGAAACCACCAGACAGACGAUGUUAAAUAACCGGUUUUGGUCAUAACACGGGCUGGGUUGGAACAGGUGACCUAGGAGUGAGACUGUGUUAUUCUUAAGUUGGUGCUGCUUGUUUUAGUAUCCUGUCAGUACAGUAUGUGAGCAUCAAAAGUGUUUGUGCACACAUGGCUUUAAUUUAAGUGAGUUUACUACUCCUGAGUUUUAGCAAUUUGAUGACAGUUUUACAGUUACUCAUAUACCAGUCUGUUUGGAGAAUGAAUCAUCUGAAUGUUGAUCAGAAGCGUCAGUCAAAUUUUACCAAAAGUUUUGGUCUUACCUUCUCUCCUACAGUGACCUGAAAGCAUAUUCAUGCUAGUUUGUGCUGUUAAAAUUAAAGAAAUGUACUCAAAGUCAAAAACCACAAGAAAAGGGGACAAAUGUCUUGUGUGGAAUGCUACUUCAACUAUGGCCAGUUUUAACAUUUGAAUUGCUUGUAAAUUUGUUUUCUAAGUCUGUUGUUACUAUUGUUUCACGUGGACUGAUCUUUGUGUUCCAACCUUAGUCCUGUUACCCUAUGUGAGAGGGGCUGCAUUCACUGGAAGUCUUCACUGAGUUCUUCAGUCCUGUGUUUUACAGUUGUUCUAUCUAGAGCCUGUGUAAUAGACACAGCAAAAAAUUACUUGCCCAUUCUCUCCUUCCUUCCCUCUACACUCUGUAAAAUCCCUGUCUGGCUAUUGCAAAGUCACCUCUCUUGGUGCAUUAUGCCAGACUCCAUUUUCCUGUGUUAGGGCCCAAUUGAGUGUGGGAUGGUCAGGGAGGUUUAUUUCUCAGAAGAUUGCACUUCCCUGUCCUAGAAUUGCUAGCCUUCAGGAACCCUCUGUGAGAAAAGCUAGGAUUAGGACACAAGUGAUGGUAUAGCCUCACUGAAACACUAGAGUAUUUGCCUGACUGAGAAGAGUCCAGUUUUUUUGAUGGGAAUGAGGGAAUCUAGCCUUGAAGUCUGUCUGUAUCCAGAGAAAUCUGAUCUAAGAGACUCUGAGCCACAAAGCAUUUAUCUCACAAGAGCGACAUCCUUCUGGUUUUUAGAGCCUGCUACACAUAUAGGGCUGCCACUUUGUAGACCUUUUUCACGUUCUUUAAUGUCAUUGAUUUUGUAACUGCUAACUGACCUCAGAAGGAUCUCACAUCAAUGCCUUGGCAAUCUAAUGGAGCUGUGGUCUCUGUUUCCUCCAGUUUUCCUCUCUGGGGUGUUCUGCAAAAUCCACAGAGGCAAAGCCAUUGUUGUAGAGCUAUUUUCACCUUGCCAGAUGGAUCUCCUUUUAUGCUAAUUGUUCUCUACUGGCACACUGGUAUCCAGACCUCAGGUAUCCUGUCUCCUCUCUGAGAGGUAUCCUGUCAUCCUUCUCAGAGAGAAGGAUGGCCAUAAAUUUCAGUACCUUUCAGGCAAAAUGCAAACUCUGCUUUUUUGAGCAAGAUGUCCAUCAGUAAUACUAGAUUUAAAAGGGGGAAAAUACAAAAUGAAUUAAGCCCAGUUAAUCCUGACUGGGAGGAGAGAUUAUAUCUCUGUGCAGGUGAUUAUAUCUCUUGCGGAAGGUGCUCAGGUGCUGCAUUUUUGAGGGUUACAUAAAAACCUAUGUAUUUAUGUAGAUGAGGCUGAAAAGGAUCUUUGAUACCUAUGAGAGGACACAAAGUGAUUAAAAUUAGUACCUUGUACUGAGAGCACCUUUCACUUGAAGAUCUCAAAACUCCUUAGCGGAGCAGAGAGGAUGAACAUCCCAACUAGUUUUAAAUUUAUGAAUGGGGUUGCCUGCAAUAGCCAAGGACUGUACUUAAUGAUCCAUGAGGUCCCUUCCAGUCCUAUGAUCCUCCUCAAAGAUAAGCUGCCAGUGGUGUGGUAAAGGCAAAGCCACCAAUUUAAUGGUUUCUACUCCUGUGUAAUUCAUACUUUCCCUAAAGCUUGGAAGAUAAGGUCUUCUCUCCAUUAUAGAAAAUGGAACAUGUUUUUGUAUGUUACCAUAAAGUUUUAGGACCAAUUUCUGUUCCCUUGAUCACAUCCUUCAGUUUCUCCAAGAGGGUCUUGACAAAGUCCUUGCUGUCAGCACCUUUUGUGUCCAGAGCCCUUUGCUUGCUGCUGUCAAAGAGAACACCAUUGGGCCUCAUCUACUAAUAGAAGGCUUCCUUCAACCUUGUGUAAAUAAGCCUAUCUGGAUACCUGUUUUGUACCCAUUUGGAGUCUGAAUUUAAUUCUCUCCUACCUUCAAGACUCGGAAGUGUCAGUGAGUUUUCUGUUGGCUUUUUAGUCUUUUUUCUAGAUAAUAUUGUUUCCAGAAAAGGGAUCAGCAACUUGGCAGCUGUCUCUUUAUCUCUUCUCCCUUACUCUCUUUCCACAACAAUAAGAUAAUAGAGGGAGAGAGAACAUCUUGGUACUCAGUCAGUAGCUAGUUUCUGUGGCAGCUUCUGAACACGAUGGCCUUAAGGUUCUAUCUGGAAAGAAUUAGAGGAACAGAAAUCUUUAAAUAGUUAUUCUGUUGGACAGAAUCAGGGAUGAAGACAAGGCCUCUAAAAAUAAGUUUGGCCCACUGGAUUAAAACCUAUAGAUCAAGUGUCCAUCUAAAGGGAUCCCUUGCUCCCCAGAAUAUUCACCCAUGUUAGGAAAAAAAUGCAAAGGUGCAGUGUAAUGCUCUCUUUUCUCUUAAUUGGUAUGAAUGCGUAAGCAGAGGAGGCUUUGAGUGCUAUUGUCUUUGUGUCAUUAUCCUUGACUGGUAUAUCAGAGAAUGCAAACAUUAGGAUUUUACAUCUUAAUGUUUCUGCACCUGAGAAACACCAGCAUAAAACAGGGAUUCUCAAACUUUGUCACUGUGAGCAUCCCUAAGCUCAGAGAGAGAAAAAAUUGCACCUCCCAGCCCCUCAUCGUUUACAGUGACAACACAAAACUGAAAAUCCUAUACUUUGCAAGAAUACGAAUAAUAAUGUAGCAGCGUAUGAUCAGUAUAGUUAAAAUAAGGAUAUGAGUAUCAAAAGUACUAAUUUUAUUGCAGAAAUUAUUUUUCAUGCUAUCUCACAGUUGUGUUCCAAAAAAUACAAACUGUAGCAACUAAAAUAAAACUGCACUAACAUUUUAGGAAAUCGUAACACCAUGAUAGGGGCGCCAGCUAGAAAUGAACAGCUGCAGCAGCUGAGGAAAGAGAACCCUUCUGCUAAGCCCAAUUCAUCCAGCCCUGCAGCCCAGGGAUGAGCAGCAGCUCAGUAGCAAAUGGAGGGGAUAUUGCAGGGCCGGGCUGAGGCAGGAGUGGAGGGGAGCCCCAGGUAUGUGGCUGGGCUGGGUGGAAGGGGAUGGAAGGGAGCCCCUGGGAUGUUGCGGAGGAGCUUCAGCCAAAGAGGAGAGCCCCUGGGGAUCUCCGAGCCCCAGCUGAGCUGGUGAGCAGAGCACAGGGGGAAGAUGGCAGGGAUGGGAGGCCUUGUGUUACUGGAGAAAAGAUGGGGAAUCAGGAGAAUCCCUGUGCUGCUGUAGGCAGAGAUAAGUUGGGGGGUGGGGCAGGGGAGCCCCUGCAAGCUGCUUCCCCCACAGAUCCCUGGCUGUCUGCUGUCCCAGCACUGUCCUCUGGACAGAGCUCUGGCCCCUUCUGCCCUGUCCUCAGGCAGGACAGAGCUCUGGGUCUGCUCUGGGAGCACUUAACUGCUGGCCAAAAGGCAGGCAACUGGUGCCUGUGCCUCAUUGUUUGAGAAUCUCUGGUCUAGAGUGACUGUCCGUGGUGCUGCUGAUGCCCUUUCCAUUACUGUUACUUUGGUAGUUCUAUGUCAUUAGUGUUUUGUGUUCGUGUUUAGGAGUAGUUAACGUUUCCACAUGCCUCCAGACUGUCCCUUGAGUUUAGCUUCAUGGUAAGUGUAAAUCAUUACAUAAUGUCAAGUACAGUUUAAAGUUAUUUCCCAACCAUGGCUGAUGUAGAGUUUUUCCCUGCAAGGCCUCUGUUGCAAACUUCAAUUUCCUCUGCCCCUAAAGGGCUCAGCCCCUCUUAAUCCUAAAUCCACAUGCUAGUAUGCUUCAGCAGUAUUUAUGCUGUACCUUCCUGCAUAGUUCAAACACCUGAUAAGACAGUGAUUCAGCAAGUGGCUCUUCAUCUCUAUACAUUGUGAUAAAGUCUGUCAACCUAUUACAAGAGGUUCAUAAUCCCUGUUUUCUUAUUAUUCCUUUUAACCACUGAAUAGACAAAUGGUAAGAAAGCUUCAGCUAAGAGUCCCAGAGACAGGACAGGAUCAAAACUUUUGCUUCGGUUUGGCGCUUGAAUGAUGUGAGCAGAUGAUUGUGCAUUCCUCACUGUUGUAGCAGAUGUAAACAAGACCUCCUUGCAGACAGAAGUUCUCAUUCAUGUUUUGGAUUUAAAUCAAAUUAGCUUGAAUGUGUCAACAUUUUGAAUCUAUAACUGUAUUUUUAUAACAUAAUUUGAACUAUAGUUAUCAACAGAUCUUCCAUGACCGAAAAAGUUUUAAGAAUGAAAGGGAAGUUCAAACUGUCAUUGGGUAAUUCCAGGUAAUUCCACAAUAACAGUUACUAGUGCUUGCUGGAUAAAAUGUAUCUAGCUUCAUGAUUGUCCUAUGGUUUUUAGAGGAGAACAAACACUAAGAUAAACAAAGAUAGGAAAAGACUAUCUUUGCUUCUUUGUGAAUCAUUCUCUGAGUUUGAAAGGUAAUUGGAAAUUUUGGAAUUUAGAUUGCAAUUUAACAUGGCACAGUAAGAGAAAAUAAAUGGGUUUUUCAGCAUGGUUAUAAAUGAAGGUUUGUUGAAUAUUUCUAUUUGGUUUAGGACUAACUUUUAAUUGUUAACUUUUAUAUAUGGAAAAUGUUCU